UAUGGACUGUAGCUGUGUCAGUGACCUUUUGCUCACGCCCCCGGUCCCUGCCCUGUGGACACCAGGCAUCGCCUUCCCAGACUGGGCCUACAAGCCAGAGUCGAGCCCAGGCUCACGGCAGAUCCAGCUGUGGCACUUCAUCCUGGAGCUGCUGCAAAAGGAAGAGUACCAGGGGGUGAUCGCCUGGCAGGGCGACUAUGGCGAGUUCGUCAUCAAGGACCCUGAUGAGGUGGCCAGACUCUGGGGCAUCCGCAAAUGCAAACCUCACAUGAACUACGACAAGCUGAGCCGCGCACUGAGGUACUACUACAACAAGCGCAUUCUGCACAAAACCAAAGGCAAGCGCUUUACCUACAAGUUCAACUUUAGCAAGGUGGUUCUGGUGAACUAUCCUCUACUGGACAUGGCCAGCUCCCCCUUCCUGCUGGCCCAAAACCACUUCAACGGAGGUUCGGCAGCGCCAGACUGCAGCCCGGUCUCUCCAGAGGCACUGCAGUCCCUGUUUCCACGGUUGCCAGAUUCUGGGAGAGGGGGCUCCCUGUUCGAGAGGAGUGCAGGCCCGCCGGGGCCCGAUGGGGACAAGCUAAGACUUGAUGCCUUCCCGUUCCUCAGCUCAGGUGCCCCCUGUUAUUCCAAGCCCCCCUCCCUCUUGGGCCCUUACCCCCGUAAUCCACCAUUUGACUACCCAUGGAGCUUCAACCCCUACCUCCCAGGGGCUUUCUCCCUCAACAACUGCCCCAAACUGCCCCCUGGCUCCCUGUAUCAGUCCCACUUUUACCCCAACCCCUUGCCGACCAGCCUGUCCCAGCUGCCCAAUCCUUUCUCCUCACUUCUGCCACCUGGAGACGGAGCAGAGAGAGUUGGGGCACAAGCUGGGGGCGCCGGUGGCACCGUGGGAGGCCUACCAGCCAGGCUCUGCAUGCCCCCCUACUCCGGCACCUUGGCUCUCAAUCGGACUGAGAUGGGAAACGGAGGUGCAGGGGAGAGAGAAAGGUGCGAGGUCAACGCAGGAGCUAAUGGCAGCCUAGGGUUGGGACUCGGACUGGGUUUAGGACUGGGAUUAGGGGGCGUUGCUUUGGGGAAUGGCGGGGGAAGGCAGAGCCCAUCAGAGAGGCGCGGGGCCGUGAAACAGGACCCUGAGUCUGACUCAGAGCUGGAGAUCACAGAUCUGAGCGACUGCAGCUCUGAUAAUGAAAAUGAGCCUGAAUUUAUCAUGUCCAAGGAUGGCAGGCUGAGUAGCCGAUCGCAGAUUCUGGAAGCCAAAAGAGCAACACCUUUACCACCUCUCUCCUCCCUCACAAAAGCUGGCUCUCCACGUCCUCUAAAAAGCGUAGCGCCCUCAGCACCUUCCACCCCUUCCCUCCCCAGGUCCCUGUCCCCGUCUCUCUCUCUGGUAGAUAGACACAGGCAAACAGAAGCACUCAAACUCACUCAUAGCUAAUAAAUUUUUGUCUCUUGUUCAUAUUCCUUCAACUCU